AUGUCCGGCAUCAAGGGUCCGGAUGCGCCUACGAAUGCGACAAAGAGUGCGAGUGCACCAUUUCCAACAAGUAACACGUCGUCAAGCCUUGCCAAACCGGAACCAAAACCCGCUCAAGCCACUGCGACGGAUUCAAGCCUUAAUCCGCGCAGUUGUGUAACCUGUCGUCGACGCAAGGUGCGGUGUAACAAGAGAGAGCCAUGCUCCAAUUGCGUGAAAGCUGGCAUUGAAUGCGUCUUUCCUGGACCAGGCCGUGCUCCAAGGAAACCGCGGCGGCCCCCGGAUGUUGAGCUUCUUUCACGGUUAAGGAGACUCGAAGGAGUCGUGGAGAGUCUUGGAGGAACAGAUGCCAUUGAAAAACUUGUUUCUGCGAACCGGAUGGGUGGUGCGCAACUAAUACAACAACCGCCCCAACCCCAAGCUCCUUCCGCAAAUUUAAAUAAUGCCGAGAAACCCAGCGUUCCAGGGAAUAUGGAGGUGAAAAAGGACGGUUUAAAACCAGAAGAAGUGGGGAGAUUGGUCAUCGACGAUAAUAGAAGUCUCUAUGUGAGCAACCGCCUCUGGACUAGCAUUGGGGAUCAGGUUGAGGAAUUGCAGGAUAUCCUAGAUUCCCCAAGUGAAGAUGAAGAAGACUCCACUUCUCCUGGGGAAUCAGUCAAUUCAGCUAACCGUAGCAAUGAUGCCUUUAUUUUUGGAUAUAGCUCGCUCGCUCAUAGUCUGCGCAACUAUCAUCCCACCCCGUCGCAGAUAUUCAUAUUGUGGAAAACUUAUGAACAGAAUGUGGCUCCAUUAUUAACUGUUGUUCACAAGCCUACCAUUCGUGACAUUAUAAUCAACGCAGCAACGAGUUUUGAUCUGUUAGACAAGAAUAGUGAAGCUCUCGCGUUUUCUCUCUAUCUCACAGCUGUGAUCAGCAUGUCACCCGAGCAAUGCUUAGCCGAGAUAGGAGAUGACCGUGAUUCCGUUAUCAAUCGCUUUCGGUUCGCAACAGAGCAGGCUAUGGCACGAGCAAAUCUACUAACCUCGCGCAACAUAAACUUGCUUCAGGCUGCUGUGAUGUUCGUGACAAGUAUCCUCAGACAAGACCAGAGCAGAUUUGUUUGGACUCUGUCUGCUGUCAUUCUCCGACUUGCGACUGGCCUGGGUCUGCACCGCGACGGUACCAAUUUUGGGCUCAGUCCAUUUGAAACAGAAAUGCGCCGUAGGCUUUGGUGGCAUAUUUGCAUUAUGGAUAUCCGUGCUGCAGAAGAUCAUGGAACCGAUCCUAUGAUCAAUGAUAUGAUGUAUGAUACCAAAAUGCCUCUUCACAUCAACGAUGAUGAUAUCAGUCCGGAUUCAAAGACCUUCCCACCAGAAAGGCAUGAAUUUACGGAUAUGACUGCUACUUUAAUACGCGCCCAUAUCUCUACGGUAUAUCGCCGCUUGAAUUAUGUCCAGCCAGGACAAAACUCAGAUCCCAUACAAUUCGAGGAACGUAAAAAGAUCAUUGAAGAGUGGCAUAACAUGCUGAACGAGAAGUAUAUCAAAUAUUGCGACAUGCAGGUACCCAUCCAAUGGUCUUGUGCGACUGUGGCUCGAUUGUUAGUAGCCAAGUUGUGGUUGAUCGUUCACCACCCAUUGUUCAAGGACAAUAUGUCAACUUUAUCGCCCGAAGAUCGCAACAGAAUCCUCUUGACAUCGAUAGAGGUAAUUGAAUUCACACAUCUUCUCGUGACCAGUGAAUCUACAACGCGAUGGAGUUGGCUCUUCGGAGCUUAUAUUCAGUGGCACCCAAUUGCCUUUGUCCUUGCGGAGCUCUGUGUACGGCCGCGCUGUCCAGGUGUGGAUCGCGCCUGGCUUGCGGUUGAUUCAGUUUUCGAUACAUGGCGACAAAGGUCGGCCGCCAAAAAGGCCUCGUUGUGGAGACCGUUAACGAAGCUGUAUAAAAAAGCUAAGGCUUUUCGUACAAAACAAGAAGCGGAUAUCCGAAGAUGCUCUUCUACUCAAGCGUCUAUUACCUCACCCAUGGAACUACCCGCCAAAACCCCAAAACAAAACAGCGUCGCUAGCAAUAGUCCUUUGUUUGCGGAUGGAGGCCAGUCUCAAUUCUCCAGCCCAGGGCAAUCGUCAAGUCCUGCCGUCUCAGCCGUCUUCAAUCACCCAUCAUCUACGAAGCAAGCUGAACCGGCGAUUGCUCCUGCAGGUGAGCUCAAUCUUGAUUUAAACAAGAAUAUGAAUGAGAUAUUGGUGGAUUUUCUCCCCGCAUAUUCUAUGGUGUCGAACACUACCACGUCAGAUGCCACUGGAAUUUACACUUCAAACAGCACCACCCGCACCACUGGAGCAUCUGGGAUUACGGCAAAACCUUCCAGUACACCUACAAUUGGCGCCAUGCCUUUUGAGCAAACUACAUGGCCCAUGGAGACGCCGAAUACAUUUGAUAUGCCCAUGAAUUGGGACCAGUUUGAUGAUGUUAUGCGUGACUUCCAGCAAGAUUUCGAGCAAAUUACCGGGCAGAAUGUGGACAACUACCAAAUGGAUUUUCUGUAG